UAUCUUCCCGCCAAAUACAUAUUUCAUGACGUGCACGUGCUCCGUUCUGGAUCUUCAUUAAAACGAAAUAGAACGAAUUAUUUAGUGUUAAGAGAAAUUCUUUAAAGUUUUGUUAAAGUUCAACUAUAAAAAUGUCAGAAAUUGACACUACUUGGAUGGAUUUAACUACCUGGACGGAUUUACCGGAAGAAAUCGAUGAAGAUUUUGUUUCGUACAAAGGAGAUUAUGAUUUUCCACAUUAUUUAUCUGAAGACAAAGAAUGGGUCCAUUUGCAACAUUAUGAAGAUAGAAUACAAAUUUUUGAACCUUUUCUGAUAACGGAAUUGAGUAGAUUUGUACCUUAUAUUAAGAAUAAUCGUGUCCAAUUUCAUGCUCUCAAUAUGCCUAAUAUCAUAAUAAGAAAAAUAGAAAUAGUGGGAUUUGUGUUAUCUGUUUCUGAAGAUGUUAAAUUUUAUUACUACCAAGUUGAUGAUGGAACGGGAAAUAUUACAAUUUGUCAUAAAAAGCAACAUUUUGAAAUUAAUGUACAACAACAAGAAAAAGGAAUUGAUAUUAAGGAUAACAAUAAACUUGGCAGUGAUACAAAUAUCAAAUCAUCAGAAGUUGCAGAACACUCAAAAUGUUUACCAGAUCAAUCUUCAAACCUUAAGCAUAAAUGGUCAACAAAUAGUGAGACAUUGGAUAGAAAAAUAAAACGUUGCAAUUAUGUACAUGCAACAGGUUACUGCAUACUUGAUUUUAUGCUUAAAAAGAAAUCAAGGGAAAAAAUUAUGUUUGAAGAUGUAUUAAAUGCGAAACUAAAUAUUCUUGCAAAUAAUGUCACUUGCAUAAGUGAACAUGAAUAUAAUCAGAAGUUGCUAUCAUGGUCGAGUAGAAUUGUUAGGAGACGAUAUGAUAAAAAUUUCAAUGAAUCAGAAAUAAGACAUUCUUAAAUGUAAGAAUGUGAUUUAAAACAAUAUGAUAUUAUUACUAUCUAAUAACUGUAAAGUUGCUACUUUAAUUGUAGUUUCUGUAGUAACUACUUCUGUUACAAUUGCAACAUUUGCACUUUUUGUAAAAAUACUAAUACAAGCAAUAUCAGCAAUAGAAAAGAACAACGAAUAAAAUAAUUUGGAAAAAUUUUAAUGCAGUUCAUAAAAAUCAGAAACAGAAAAAAUGAUUUUUUUUAUUUUAAGAGUUAUAUGUUUAAAAGUCUAUUAGGUUUGCCUAAUACGAAUUUCAUAUAGAAAAUAUAGAGAAAAAAGAUAUUGUAAGCAUUACAAUGAAAGCAGUUUGUGAUCCUUAUCUUAAUUCAAUUGAUUAAAAU